AUGGAACGACCAGAGCUUGUGGAGUCUCCGCGGAAGCGGCAAAAGACCGAGGAUGUCCCUUCGACCGAUGUCACGGUUGAGGUGCUUCCAGGAGAUGGCAGUGUUGUGACACCAGACACCCAGACUACCAAGGAAUACGAUGUUGGCAUUACGGAGCUUGUGACCGCUGAUAGCGAGGGUUUCUCGGGAAUUUUGAAGAAGAGAUAUACCGACUUCUUGGUCAAUGAGAUCACACCCUCCGGCGAAGUUGUUCACCUCCGAAACACCCGCGCGCCCUUCUCUUCGAGCAACGAGGUUACCGCUAAGACUGAAGCGCAACAGCCGGCGCAGGCAACGGAGCAGCCCGCGCAGAAGGAAGACGCUACCGAGACCCCCGAAGCUGCGACACCCGCCGAGUUCAAAGUGUCGGAAGAGGACAACGCUUUGCUCGCAGAGUACUUUGGCGCUGAAAAUGCGGCCGCAAUUGUCACUCUGCACGAGACAGCGAUGAACUCGCCCAAAGCUCGGCCUAGUGAAUUGGGCAAGGUCACGGUUGUGGUCUCCGACCGUGAUCUCCGCACCAAGAUUCACCAAGCCAUCCGCCGCAUUUUCAACUCGCAGUUAGAGUCGAGCGCCGAUGGCGAGGGAAACCUUGCCAUCACAGCUGCUAGCAAUCGCUUCAAGCGCAAAGCCCAAGGCCACCGUGGAAACACUGGUCGGGGAAGUGGCGGCGGCGGCCGCGUGAGCUGGGACGAGCUGGGUGGCGCGUAUCUCCAUUUCACCAUCUACAAGGAGAACAAGGAUACUAUGGAGGUCAUCUCUUACCUGGCACGCACGAUGAAGAUGAACCCGAAGGCCUUCCAGUUUGCCGGUACCAAGGAUAGGCGUGGUGUGACCUCUCAGCGUGCUUGCGUCCUUCGUGUUCAAGCAGAGCGACUUGCGAACAUGAACAAGUCCCUGCGGAAUGCUUCCCUGGGUGACUUUGAGUACCGCAAGCAUGGGCUCGAGCUUGGUGAUCUCGGCGGCAACGAGUUCGUGAUCACGCUCCGCGACUGUGAGUUCCCUGGUGUGGACAUGACGGAUCCUCAAGCUGCGGUCAGCAAGGCCUCCGAGAUUGUUGGCACCUCUUUGAAGAAACUGCACGAUCGCGGUUACUUCAACUACUACGGUCUUCAGCGAUUCGGUACCUUCUUGACCCGCACUGACACCAUCGGUGUCAAGAUGCUGCAGGAUGACUUCAAGGGAGCCGCCGAGGCUAUUCUUCACUACAGUCCCCAUGUCCUCGCUGCUGCGCAGGAGGGCGAAUCAUCCACAGCACUGAUUAGCACCGACGACAAGGCCCGCGCUGAAGCUAUCUAUAUCUUCCAAAGCACAAACAAUGUCAACGAUGCUCUCGCUAAGCUGCCCCGGAAGUUCUCUGCCGAGGCCAACAUCAUCCGCCACCUGGGUCGAGUUAAGAACGACUACCUGGGUGCCAUCAUGUCCAUUCCCCGCAAUUUGCGACUGAUCUACGUGCACGCAUACCAGUCCCUUGUUUGGAACUUUGCCGCCAGCGAGCGCUGGCGACUCUACGGUGACAAGGUUGUCGAGGGCGAUCUGGUUAUUGUUAGCGAGCACCGGGACAAGGAAGAGACCGAUGGUGCUGACGCCAAUAGCGGCGUGGACGAAGACGGCGAGGUUGUCGUUCUCCCCCAGGGCGAGAACAGUUCAUAUGCCGCCGAAGACGCAUUCACUCGGGCUCGGGCUUUGACCGCCGACGAGGCCGCCAGUGGAAAGUACAGCAUUUUCGACGUGGUGCUUCCCCAGCCCGGCUUUGACGUGCUGUACCCAGCCAAUCAAAUGACCGAGUUCUAUAAAAAGUUCAUGGCCAGCGAGCAAGGCGGCGGCCUUGACCCGUUCAACAUGCGCCGCAAGAACAAGGACACCAGUCUGAGUGGUGGUUACCGCAAGCUCUUUAGUCGGAUGGGAUCCGACUUCUCGCAUGAGGUUAAGCUGUACUCUGAAGAUAACGAGCAGUUCGUGCAAACGGACAUGGAGAAGCUCAAGGGUAGCAACGAGGGUGGCAGUGCAGCGGCCCAGACUGGAGAUAAGUUGGCCGUCGUGUUGAAGUUCCAGUUGGGCUCUAGCCAGUACGCCACCAUGGCGCUCCGCGAACUGACCAAGGGUAAGGUUCGUGAGUACAAGCCUGAUCUUGGUGGUGGUCGGUAA